AUGAGUGGCAAAGGGGGGCACAAACAUUUUGCCAAACCCUAUGUGGACCCAUACCUUCUCUACAAGGCUUUUCACACACAUGAAGAGCUGCUCAAAAGCUUUGGAGCAUAUGAGACAGUCUCUAGGAGCCAAGCAACUGAUGCCAAAGGUCUCAUCCACUGUCUGCCACUUCUUGAAGACCUGCUGAAAAUUUCUCCUCCUGGGGAAAUUCACCCCAACCCCCUGAGACAAAGCAUCAUGAAACUGGUACAAGAGAAACCUGCAAUGAACCAAACCGACUGGAAUUGCCAAGUAUGGACAAACAUGAGGGCUGAGAGGGUGACAGUCAUUUUGCUACACUUGAGAAGGUUGAAAUCAGAAGAAGAAAUGAGAAAGUGUGUGGGGAAACUGACAGGAAAGGAUUGCCUCCAGCUUAAAAAUUUGGAGGAGCCUCUUGACAAAAGGGGUAUGGAGGAGGGAAAAGAAGAGGAGGGAGAGGAGGGAGAGGAGGAAGAGGAGGAAGAGGAGGAAGAGGAGGAAGCCUUGUUGUGCAGCAUCCUUGCCAAAAGGAUGAAGAACAACAAAGGGAAAAAAGCUGGGUCAGGCACUGUGAGCAAUGCAAGAAGGGCCAGGUUUAGAGAAGCAGGAAUGAAAAGAGAGAAUGACACUAUGGAAAAAGAAGACGAACACUCCAAGAAGGUUGACUGGGAGAAAGACAAGAGACAUGGCAACAAGAAACCACACCUGAUGUCAGCCUUGGAGAUCAAGUAUAACUUGGCCAGCAAAGAAGAGAAGGCAGAAUUGAAAAAGGACAUGGAAAAAGAAAAACAUGCAGCUUUUGACAAAAAAGCUGUCAAACCGGAGGAUGUGAAGGAAGCAGCUGUUGACAAAACAGUUGUAAAGGAGGAGCCCACAGCAGCAGAACAGAAAGAUGCCUUGACAAAAGGCAGUGAUGCACCAGAACAGAAAGAUGCCUUGACAAAAGGCAGUGAUGCACCAAAGACUUUUGGGCCAUCCAAAGAGCAACUUAAGAAAGGGAAGGAGCCUGAGAGGAAAAAAAAGCCACCAGUGCAAGAGGUUGUGGAUUGGGAAGCUGAAAAGGUCGCAGUGGAUUGGCACCACACCCUGGAAUGGCAUGACAAUGUGUCCCCACAAAACAUCAGGGCCUUGGAUGCUUUGAAAGAUGCUGGGUACCAGGUCUACCUUUGCAGUUUCCAAGCCACCAAGAGACUGAGCUGGAAGGUAUGGCAGGGCUGGGAAAAGCAAAUCUACACAACAGAGAAGACUGGAAACUAUGGAAAAGCACAGGCCUGCUAUUACCACAACAUCAAAACCGUCUUUGAUGACACCUGGGAGGUCAUUGAUGAAUGCAGCAGAUGGGGUGUUGAAACAUACCCUGUGGUGUCCAAGUGGGAUGAGAAAUACUGGGAAGGGAUUGAUACCUACAGGUCCUUUGCCCAGGCUGUGCAAGCUUUCCUUGACAAAAGGCUCCAUGCCACCAAAAAAAAACAUGUGUGGAAAGGAAUUUUGAAGAAACCUGCAGCCAAAGCUUUCCCUUGCCCAAAGGGCAAAGCCAAGGCAAAAGGUAAAAAACAGAAAAGCACCUUGACAAAAGGUGACCUUGCCAAGCUUGGCAAACUGAGUUUGGAUGAGAGAGUGAAAAAAGUGAGUGAGGAAAACCAGUCUCCAGAGGAAGCUGCCUUGGCCUUGAAAGAUUCCUUGACAAAAGAUGAAUCUGCCAAGAUGUGGUCAAAACACCAAACAUAUUUGAAAGCCAAGCCAGAAGAGAGAUCAGCCCAUGAGCAACUCACAAAAAAGGAAAAAGGGCUUGAGGUAGUCUUUUGGUUUCUCAAGCACAAGAAAGGUAUGUUCUUCCACACAGAAGCUUCCAAAGAAGCAAGUGAAACCUUGACAAAAGGUGAGAAAUGGGUCAGUGAGAUGAAAAUGCUGCAAGAAUUCAGCCAGGAAGAGUUCACCAUGCACUUGAACAGUGGCAGGAUUCUUUGGAGGUCUGACCCAUGGACACCUGGAGUGUACAAUUAUUGCGACCAAGGAGACCAAAGCAAACAAACAGUAUUGAAAAGGAAAAACAAAGUGACAGCAGGCCAGGAAAGGGAAUUGGAAACAGAAGAAGAUGAAAAGGAGUUUUUGGCCUUUUGGGGCAAGGGGGCUUUGGCCAGCAUGCAAGAAGCUGAGGUUGCUUUCAAAGGCCAAGGUGCCUUGACAAAAGGCAAAAAAGAUACCUUGCCAAAAGGUAAGGGAAAAGGAAGGGCCAAAAGCUUGCUGGCCCUUACAAAUGGUGAAGAUGAGAAUAGCAAAGAUGAAGAUAAGGACAAGAAAACACCAGAAGAAGAAUGGGCUGAGUGCUUGACAAAAGCACAAAAGAGCAAAGAACAGCUGAGGGUGGCCAUGGCCAAUUUGCAAGAAGCUUUGGAUGCUGCCACUGCAGCAGGCAGAACUUCCAAGCAGGACAGGAAAGAUGCCACCUUAGCUUUGAAAGAAGCCCAGGAGUGGGAGCAAAAGCUCAAGGCAAUAACAAGCAAAAGCAAGGGAGGCAAUGUGGAGUCAGCAAAGCAAAACAUCAUAGGUGCAGUGGCAGCCACCAACAAAAUCAAAAAGGAGGUGAAAGAGUUCAGAGCAUUGGCAAACAGAAGUUUUUCCAAAACCAGCAAGAACUAG